UUUUUUAUCACCCAUUUAUUACAGUACCAACAAAAAAACAAACCCAUUGCCUCCAUCGUUUUCUCAGCUCCCAUUUCCGUCACAUUUCCGAGGAAAGAAAAGGAAAAUAAUGGAUGGAAACACCAACAGCAGAGCCGAAGCCGAACGCUUACUCGGAAUCGCCGAAAAGCUCUUGCAAACCAAAGAUUUCGAGGGCGCUCGAGAAUUCGCGAUUUUGGCUCAGGAAACCGAACCCUUAUUGGACGGUUCUGAUCAGAUCCUCGCCGUCGCCGAUGUCAUCCUCGCCGCGGCGAAGCGGAUCAAUAACCAACACGACUGGUACGCCGUCCUCCAGCUCCACCGCUCCGACGAUCUCGACCUCAUCAAGCGCCAGUACCGCCGUCUCGCUCUCCUCCUUCACCCUGACAAGAACAAGUUCGCCUUCGCUGACUCCGCCUUUCGGAUCGUCGCGGAUGCGUGGUCCGUCUUGUCCGAUUCGGCUAAGAAAUCGCUGUUCGACAGUGAAUUAGGUUUUUUCACCAAGGUCGAUUUGAGGAAUCAGAGAGAUCAACAACAGAAUCAAUUUCGUCGUGAGCAAGAUGAUCAACAGCAGCAGCAGAAAUUGCCGGUGCGGCGGAGCGGGGCGGCGGGGAACUCCGGCGGCGUUAGGGCAAGCACUAGCGGCGGCGGCGGCGAAGGAGAUGAGACGAAGGCGGCGAGUUUCUGGACUGCAUGCCCGUACUGUUACAACUUGUAUGAGUACCCUAAGGGUUACGAAGAAUGUUGCUUGAGGUGUCAGAAUUGCCAGAGGGCUUUUCACGCCGCCGUGAUUCCGUCGCUGCCGCCGGUGGCUCCGGGAAAGGAGGAGUAUUACUGCUGUUGGGCCUUCUUCCCUCUAGGGUUUGCGAAAUCCAAUUCCGAGAGUGGAAAAAAGGCUGCUUUCCCCAAUUCGACUCCCCCAAAGUUUCCGACUCCGUUUCAGAGUGGCAGUGGUGCUGAUGAUUUUGUGGAUCUUUCACACACAAUUGUGACUCCGGCGGCGAAAAAGAGGGGUAGGCCUAAGAAGAAUUUCCUAAAGCUAUAG